GAGGUCUUCAUGACCUUGGCCGUGCACGCGGAGGUGGCAGCUGUGGGGGGGCGGGGAGCGUGAUCUAGAGCACAUGGGAGAAAAUGGGAACAUCAUGAGCAUGCAUUCUCUGUAUGCUGUGUGCCGUUUCCUCACGGACCGUUCCUGUCUCCUUAGGAUUUUCAUGUCCAAACUGCUAUUUUGUAGUAUUUGUAAAACCUGCUUAAUGUCCUAAGUAUAGUUCCUUAAUACCUCGGCCUUAGGAAUAUCUGAGUUCUUUACCAAAUCUACUUACUGUCAUCCCACCUGAAAUCCUUUUACUCUCUGGUUCUUUACUGAGCCUCUGGCAAGAUGCACAGAGGGGUGGUUGCAGACCCUGUGAGCCACAAGAGGGAGAAGGUGAGCUCCGGUCUUAAACGGGAACCGGCCGAGUGGGUAGGCUUCCCCUGUGGGAGCUGGGGCAGCAAUGGCCAGCCCUAAAAUUGAGUGUUUGUAGCAAGAGGGUGGUGGUAGCAGGUCCAUACGGGGUUUGGAGGCUAAGGUCACGUACAAUGACCAUGGCUAACCUAGGGGAAGGGCUGGGAGAGAAGGAGUUGCAUGUCCUGGGGAAGGUUGGUCCCCUGGCGCCCUUGCAGCUGCUGCCUGCCUCCUGAAUGGUAAUCAUAUUUAAUCUUCUGAGAAGUUUCUGGCCUCAGACAAGCAGGGAUUGCUUACGUUGAGGCGUCCAUACUUGAUUCCAGAUUUACCUCCAAAACCCAGGCUUUCUGGUGUUUUGCUGCUUAGUGAAAGAUGUUACCAGCUGGGAGGAAGUGUGAGGUUUUCACACUAAAAAGAAUGCCAAGAAGGGCAAAAGGGAAGUUUUCUAACGUGUUUCCUGAGUCGAGUAAGAAUGCUGAAGAUGGCAUUAGACGCAGGAUCCACAGAGGACCUCUGUACGUGAUCUCCCACCUGAGUUACUUGAGGCAAAGGUGUUCUGUGGAUCUGGAAGCACCACCCAGUGACCCUGUUUGGAACCCGGACCACGAAGAAGAUGGAUGCUCCGCACAGAGGGUGAGGAGCCAGCUGACGCAAGAACAUGGUGGACUCAAAAUCCAGUGUUGCUUCACGGCUCCGCCGAGGAGGGACAGACUGGAAGAGGUGAAGGCUGGUCCCGGGUUACAGGGUUGUAGGCAACCAGCAAGGAAGCAACAAAAAUGGAAUGCGAACAAGACGUGAAUGUAGCAAAGUCCUAAAAUCCGUAUGCAAAAACCAACUGAACUUAGGUCAACAUCAAACAAUUGUUAAAUGUUUAAAGCUUCAGGGGUGCCUGGGUGGCUCAGUCGGUUGUGUAUGACUCUUUAUUUCGGCUUAGGUCAUGAUCUCGGUCGUGACAUCAAGUGCCAAAUCGGGCUCAAGGGGGAGUCUGCUUGAGAUUCUGCCCCUUUCCCUCUGCUGCUGCCUGCCACCCCAGCUUGCUCGCUCUCUCAAAUAUUUUUUUUAUAUAUAUAUAUUUUUUAAAGAUUUUAUUUGAGAGAGAGAAUGAGAUAGAGCAUGAGGGGGGGAGGGUCAGAGAGAGAGGCAGACUCCCCGCUGAGCAGGGAGCCCGACGUGGGACUCGAUCCAGAGACUCCAGGAUCAUGACCUGAGCCGAAGGCAGUCGCUUAACCAACUGAGCCACCCAGGCACCCAAUCUUUUUUUUAUAUUUUUUUGAGAGAGCACAAGCAGGAGGGAGAGGGAGCCCGACUCUUUUACAAAAAAAAUCUUUAAAGAAAAAGUUUCUUUAAAAAAUUAAGAUUUUAUUAGUGCACAAAAUGGGGGAGGAGCAGAGGGAGAGGGAGAAGCAGGCUUCCCAUGGAGCAGGGAGCCCGACGCGGGGCUCGAUCCCAGAACCCCGGGAUCAUGACCUGAGCCGAAGGCAGAUGCUUAAUGACGGAGCCACCCAGGCGCCCCCAAAAUGGGUGGAUUUUAAUGGUAUGUUUUACUUAAAUAGCAAAUGAAAACAAGUAUGGGGGGCGCUUGGCUGGCUCAGUUGGAAGAGCAAGUGACUCUUGAUCUCGGGGUCUUGAGUUCAAGCCCCACACUGGGUGUAGAGAUUGCUAAAAAAAAUAAGCUUAAAAAAAUUACGGAAGGCAGUCUAAUGGCCAAAAGUGACCUCAAGCAAGUCUCUGGACUUCUCACGCCUGGGACCUCGUUUGUCAGUUAGAAUCCAUGAUGCCUGAGAGAAGCGUCCUGGCGCUUCCUAGGUAGUGGGCUUCACAGGGGCCUGGCGGGGAACAAGCGCUCCGAGACGCAGCUUUUCCUCGCCCGGACCCUCCGCCUCUAGGACCUUUCCCGCCAGUCCUGCGAGCUGCCCUCACCCGGGCUCGCUUCUACCACACAGUCCUGGGGGGUAAUGGAGCCCCAGCCUGAGCCGCCUGUCGUCCCGGAAGUCCCCCUCCACCGCCUCUGCUCUCAUCUUCAGCCUUCUCAAUUUUUAGUAGCGCCUCGCAUGCAGUCAACCAAGUGUGCCGGGAACAGCCACCGAGCACUAGCCCGGUGCAGCUGCGUGUGCCCCACGGAUGGACCAGCAUCAUCGCAGAAGACACGACAGCAAGGAGGGGCUCUGCUGGCGGGGCGGGGCCUGCAGAAGCUUCUAGAAGGCGCUCACUGCUGACAGAAAGCUGACCUGAUGGCAACAAAGAGGAGAGGGGACAAGGGACCGUGUGCCUCGCCAGGCUUGAGAGCCUGGACCCUCAGCCUGGGGAAGGGACCGGCGCACAGGCUGAGUGCCGAGAGAGCUGGAGGGUGACCGUGGCUAACUGUGCCCUGGACGCUGGCCAUUAGCCCCGGCCGAGGCCCGGGACCGGACGGAGACUCUGGCUGGCAGCGCAGCUGGUGGGAAGGCGGUAGCCGGCGGGCAGCCCCCGCAAAGGAGCGGGGCCCGUGCCCACUUCCUGAGGCAUGUCUUUCCCACCAGGAACUGGUAAGCACUUCCACCACAUUGGUGUUGUCUCGUCUUCAAGCCAGGUGGCCCCUUCCAUGCUGGCGCACCCUGUCCCAGCUGCAGAGGGUGGCACACGGGGCCUCCGGCGCCGAGGAAGGCCCGUCGGAGGUGAGAGUGCGCCAACUCCCCGCGGGGCGUCCCCCCUGCAGCGCCCAGGCUGGGGACUGAGUGCGAUGGAAGCUCCAGGCUCUGCUCUGCCUCCCAAGGUGGCGGCUCAGGAAGCGCUGACCCGCCUGGGCGUGAGUUUGGGUUACAGACGUUUCUCCCAGAUACGCAGGACAGCGUCUGGCAUGUGGCAGCCUAUCAAGUCUUUGUUAAUAGAUUGGCCAAAGCACUUCGGUUUACAAACACUCUCCGUUUCUACUUUCUUCUAUUUUUUCUAACUUUUAUUUUGGGAUGCCCUAAACACAUGCAGAAGUAGAGGGAGAGAGACUAAGAAGUGUUGGUGAGGAUGUGCAGGAACUGGGACUUCCUACACGGCUGCUGGGAAUGUGGAGCCGAGCCGUUCUGGGAAGCAGUCUGGCAAUUGCUCAGAAAAUUAAACAGAGACCUACUGUCGGGUCCGAUGUCUACCCAGGAGACAAGAACACGUCCACAAAGACGCACACACACACUUCCAUGGUGUUUGUCACAAAAGCCAAAAGGUGGGAACAAACCACAUGUCCAUCAACAGGGGUACAGAUAAACCGAACGUAGUGAUCCAUACAGUGGAGUAUUAUUCCAAAUACUGUAUUCUUGUCAUAAAAAGGUACAUAAGAAGUACCAAUUCAUGCCACACUGGGAACAAAACUGGGCAACAUGCUAAGUGAAAGAACCCAGUCACAAAAGGCCACGGGUGUAUUGUAUGAUCCCAUUUAUUUAUUUAAAAGAUUUUAUUUAUUUAUUUGACAGAGACACAGUGAGAGAGGGAACACAAGCAGGGGGAGCGGCAGGCAGAGGGAGAGGGAGAAGCAGGCUUCCCGCUGAGCAGGGAGCCCGAUGGGGGGCUCGACCCCAGGACCCCAGGAUCAUGACCUGAGCCGAAGGCAGACACUUAACGACUGAGGCACCCAGGCGCCCCAAUAAAGCUGUUAUUUUUAAUAUUUAUUUAAAGAUUUUAUUUAUUUGUCAGAGAGAGAGCACAAGUAGGGGGAGCGGCAGAAGGAGAAACAGACUCCCCGCUGAGCAGAGAGCCCGAUGCAGGGCUCGAUCCCAGGACCCCGGGAUCAUGACCUGAGCUGAAGGCAGACAGACACCCAACCGACUGAGCCCCACAGGCAUCCCUUGUCUUGUUUUUCAAUUGUGGUAAAAUGUACAUAACGUACAAUUGCCCAUUUUAAGCGUACAAUUCAGUGGCACUAACUACAUUCAAAAUGUUGUGCAACCAUCACCACCAUCUAUUGCGAAACCGUUUUCAUAUCCCAAAGAGAAACCCUGUCCAUAUUGAGCAAUAACCUGCCCAAAAUGGUCUUCAUGCCCUUCUGCACCAGGUCAAAUCCCAUUGCCCAGCCCCAAGGACGGGUCGCAUGCUUCAGAAAAGCCCCGGCCACAGGCUCCUUGCACCCUUUCCCCUCAACGAUUAGUUCAUGGCCACUCUGCCCACGAAGGAAGGCGCGUGCCCAGCGUGGCUCCCACCAGCCCAGCGCACCGGACAUUUGUGACUGAGUAACUGGCAGAACUUCCUGGUCUGAUGGAUUCUGAUACAAGCCCAGUUGAUUUGGAAAGGUUGACUCACAAAUACAAGAACAGCGUCUCUCGGCAAGGCUCCCCUCUUGGAAGCUGGCUUUCUGGACUUCACCUCCACUUUCCAUUUGCAGCCCCCCACUCCUGGAUGCUCCUGGAUUCCAGGGCCUGGCGCGUUCCUUCCCACGAGGAUUCUUGAGGAAAACAAGUGACAUGAAAGUCCACGGAGUGAAGUGAAAAGUCCAUCCUAACCCGCCCCCCAGCCAUGGCGGGCCUGAGGCGCGGCCGACCCGCCUGCAUCAGGGCAGCGUUCAGCUCCGCCAGCGCCUGGGCCGGCUUCGGGAAGAGGCAGAGAACCACACUCCAUCGCUUCAAGGCCAAUCACAAAAAGAACCACAUGGACUUAAUUGAAGGUAUCUGGAGAGAGUUUUUAGAUCCUUUCGAUGGCGAUUCAGAAGAUCCCCCCGGUCGUCCGGCCUCCAGCUUCAGAGACUGUUCUCCGGGUGGCGUGAACGGUACCGUGCCUUCCCCUGCACUCAGGUGCGGGAGUCCGGGAGAAGUUAGCUUAGAAGACCCCCUCUCGUCAAAAGCCCCAGACCUCCUCCUGAAAGCUGCCAGCUGGGGCCCCACAUCCCCGGAGGCCAACGACGUGGAUAUGCAGCCCGCCGAGGCCAGCAGCCCUGAGGCCCGAGGGCGGGCAGCCCGGCGCUCUGGGUCACCGGAGGACGGGAGGAUGACGGAGGACGGGAGGAUGACGGAGGACCGGUGGCCCAGGGCAGCCGGCCCCGUCGUCCCGGCCGCGGGGCCCCCGGAGCCUGGCAGACACGCGCAGGGCCGAGCCAGAGCGGCGCGGCCGCCACCCAGACUCGGGAGCGAGAAGGACAAGGGGCCCAAGCUCACCCUCUCCAAGAGGAAACUGGAACUUUUACUUGCAGAGCCUGAGAAAAACAAGAGAAAGAAGCAGUAUGUGGCCUAGACCAAG